AUGAGAGUUUCUAAAUCAGUCCCUGCGAUUUCUUAUAUCUCGGUUUUACUUCUAUAUUUUUCUUUCUACACAAUAACUCCAGUUUCUUCAAAAUCCUUACAAGAUGACUUCAUCAAAUGUCUCCAUAGAAACACAUACGUUGAGUUUCCACUCAAGAAAACGUUCUUCACUCCUGACAGAAACGCCUCCAUCUUUGACGAUGUUCUUGAAUCGACGGCUCAGAAUCUACGGUAUUUGACCAACUCAGUGCCUAAACCGGUAUUCAUAUUCACACCGGUUCACGAGUCUCACGUCCAAGCUUCCAUCAUCUGUUCCAAGAAACUUAGACUUCAUCUCCGUGUUAGAAGCGGGGGCCACGAUUACGAAGGCUUGUCUUAUGUCUCACAGAUCGAAACACCGUUUAUAUUGAUGGAUCUGUCGAAAUUGAGACAGAUCAAUGUUGAUAUUGAAGAAAACAGUGCUUGGGUUCAAGCUGGUGCAACAGUUGGUGAACUUUAUUACAGGAUUGCAGAGAAGAGCAAAGUCCAUGGGUUUCCGGCAGGUUUAUGCUCGAGCUUAGGCAUAGGUGGGCACAUAACAGGCGGUGCAUACGGUUCCUUGAUGAGGAAGUUUGGUCUUGCUGGAGAUAAUGUUCUUGACGCAAAGAUUGUUGAUGCGAAUGGUAAAUUACUCGACAGAUCCUCAAUGGGUGAGGAUGUGUUUUGGGCGAUUAGAGGAGGCGGUGGAGCGAGUUUUGGGAUCAUUCUAGCAUGGAAGAUCAGGCUUGUUCCUGUUCCUGAAACCCUAACCGUCUUCACCGUCACAAAAACGUUAGAACAAGACGCAGGACACAAGAUUCUUUCAAAGUGGCAACGUGUCGCCGAUAAGGUUGUGGAAGAGCUCUUUAUACGAGUGUUUUUCAGAGUCUUGGUGGGGGAAAAUGGAAACAAGACUGUGGCAACAUCGUACAUAGGUCAGUUUCUUGGCGAGAAAGGCACGUUAAUUGAAGUUAUGAACAAGGAUUUUCCGGAACUAGGGCUAACUCAAGAAGAUUGUACCGAAAUAAGCUGGAUAGAAUCGGUUGUUUCCAACGCUGGAUUCCCACAACGUUCUCCUAUUGAAGUUCUGCUUCAAGCAAAGUCGCCUCUAAGAAAAGAGUACUUCAAAGCAAAAUCGGAUUUUAUCAAUGAGGUUAUACCUACUUUAGGGCUCAAAGGAAUGUUCAAAAGAUUGCUUGAGGAAGAAGCGUCGUUUAUGAUUUGGACUCCUUACGGUGGUAUGAUGUCGACAAUCCCUGAAUCUGAGAUCCCGUUUCCGCAUAGAAACGGAACCAUCUUCAUGACUAACUAUUACACAGGCUGGUCAGAGACAGAGAACGAAAAGAGUGCAAACAAACACAUCAAAUGGAUCAGAGAUCUAUAUGGUUACAUGAUGCCUUAUGUCUCAAGCAAUCCAAGACAAGCUUAUGUGAAUUACCGUGAUCUUGACCUCGGGGUGAACAAGAAAAGCACGAAGUUAAGUUUCAAAGAAUCUCAAGUCUGGGGAGCUAAGUACUUCAAGAACAAUUUCAACAGAUUGGUGAAGAUUAAAACAAAGUUUGAUCCAGAAAAUUUCUUCAGACACGAGCAGAGUAUCCCACUCUACCUUUCUCGAAGCUAA